AUGGAUACCCGACUCCGGGCCAAGUCCUGUAGCCGAUCACAAUCGGAUUGCAAGGAACAUAAGCAAGAUGAGAGGAAGAGGGAGUGGAGGGGAGAUGGAGGGGUGGAGGAGAGAUGGAGGGGCGGAGGAGAGAUGAAGGAGAAGAGAUGGAGGGGUGGAGGAGAGAUGAAGGAUGGAACUACCGCCCGUUCUGAUGAAUACACCGCUUCUCCUCUUCAUCUAGCCCACCGCUUUGAUGCCCUUGAAGUCAAUAUGCUAGAGGGCGGUGUUUACGAGGAUCUGCAGUUUGACGAGAGCGAGCAAGGCUUCUUCAUCGAUGACGAUCUCCUGUACGAGGACAUUCUUGGUCCACCCGAGGAGGAGAUUCCCCUGGAGGACUUCUACGAAUCGGACAACUGCUCCGACUGCUCCUGGGGCUCCGAGGAAUGGGACACCUAUGACAGCGAACAGGAGGAGAUGGUCCACAGCUACGUGGAUGCAACAGACCACUCCCCCAAGGGAGCAGUUGAGCGGGGCGGCGAAGGAGGGGGCAGUGGAGGGGGCGCAGGAGGCAAUCAUGUUGGCAGCUCCCACAGGAGAUCCAUGGUCUCCACGUACAGUAUGGAGAAGGCUCCGCAGAGGGAGGAGGCAAAGAGAGACAUGCAAAUGGGUGCUGUAAUUUGUGAGGUUAGUAUUGGAUCGUUUGAAAAUUAA